CCCCGCAAGGCCGUUGGGCCAAGACGAAAAGAUUAAUUUCGACAAUUUCAGGACAGCGUAUCAGCAUACCUCUUUUGAUCCGGUGCUUUUAUAUGUCAAGUUCGGCCAGCUCGAGGUCGAGCUCCCGGAUCCAGGUCCUCGAGGGGCAAAGUCUCGAACCAGGGCGACUGGGAAAAAAGACCUUCAAUACUUGUUAGAAUGGCUGGCUGACGAGAAAAAAGUGAAAAAGAUCAUUAAACUGAUCGCAGACGACCGGAAAGAUCUCCCACAUCGCGAUGAGACCAUCAUAGAAUCCUUGCGGAAAUUUGAUAUUGAAAUCUUGGACUGGCAAAAGACCGAUAUUUGCCCUAGUGUCAUUCAACAGGCAAGUCGAGAAUGGACCAAUCUUCAUGAAAUCCAUCUUCAAUGGAGUGGGAGCAAUACUGCUCUGCGGGCCUGGAGUGAACCCAAUGGUUUGCCAGCAAUUAAGAGCUUGGAUCGGGUCGUUUUGAAUGAGGCCAAUGUUUGUUCCCAACCCCCGUUUUCCCGCUGAUGGGACGCUCAUUGAAUUCCAGGAGCCUCUAGACACGGACGGCUAUGUCAAUAGGCGAAUCAAUGAAUUCAAAUCCCGUUUGAACGAGAACAGGUCUGAUGCGGAUAAAGGUCUGCGUCACAUCGAUGUGCACGUUGAACGUCACCGAUCCAACUCUUCCCACUCAUCACGGCCUGAUCCCUGGUCAGCUGGAAAUGGCUCCAGGGGCAAAAAUUCCAAUACAAGAAACGAGCAUCUGUGGUUGGAGACAAUGACCAGAUUCGUCAAUAAUAUCCAAGAACUGAACCGUGAAGGACAUGACCGUUUCGGAGCUGAAUUCCCCAGAACGUACGAUAGACAAGCAGACGUCCCCAAAGAGCUGACCAAGGACAUUACAGUUGCCCUCAUUGAUGAUGGGGUGGACUUCAUGUGUACCCCAAUCAUCCAGAACUUGCUUGAUGGAAGGAGCUUUCCGUCUGGGUUUUCAGACAACGACGUCCUUGGCGCCCCAGAACCUCCCUACCAUGGAUCUACUACUGGACACGGUACCGACAUGGCGAAGCAUAUUGCUCGGCUCUGUCCAUGGGUGAAGAUCUUUGUUUGCAGACUUGAUAUGUUAGGUGGUGGGAAUAGCGGAAAAAUGAACUUCACAGCAAAGAGCGCUGCCGAUGCUGUGGAAUAUGUUGCCAGGCAAGGUUAUGAUAUUAUCUCUCUUUCCUGGACUAUUGUGAAAGAGGUCAGUAAAAAGGAGAAUAGCAAUGUCCACGACUUGAACCGACUCACAACUGCCUUGAAUGACGCGGCUGGGAGAAACACGCUCAUAUUCUGCUCUGCUCCCGAUGUCGGCGAGACAGACGAGCAGGAUAAAUGGUAUCCUUUCGACUGUAGCAGCGUCCUAAAUAUGUUCCGAAUCGGUGCCGCACACAAAGACGGAACCAAACAAGGGAUGGCGGGGAAUCGAGUUGACUUCAUCCUGCCUGGGGUCGAUGUCUUUCUGAAAGAAAGUCACCGAUCGAUGCCUGGCGCGGACGAUCGCCCGAGAACAGGUUCCUCUAUAGCGACCGCUUUGGCCGCUGGAUUGGCCGCCCUGAUGAUUCAUUGUGUGAAGAUGGCAGCUAUUCUUAACUUCUUGAACGGCACCUCAAAUGGGAGGGUAAAUGCCGAUACUCUCAAGGCCAUCAAACGAUUCCAUGUUAUGAAACAGGCUUUUCAAGGUUCUGAACGUCAAGGCAAUCCAUCAAACAACGACAAAAAAGUCAGUGUCAAGUCAUUUUCGAUGCAACCAAGCCAUAAUGCACCAAGCGACUCGUCAUCUGGUUUGAAAUGGGAUGACAUGGAAAAGGUCGCACGGGAACUGGUUUCUUAUGGUAUGGAGGAAAAAGCAUUAAAGGACUGAGAUAGUCGGGCCUGCGUUCUGGGAACACCCAAUAGACUGUUCUUAGUCCUGGAGCUGAGAUUUCUUCUUUCUGUAUCCAUCCACAUGCAUGCCUGUUCGGCUUUGAUCGAACAUUCGCUGAAUAGUUGGGAAAUAUCCAACUCUGAUUGUGAAUUAUUCUUGCAAUGACUUGUAUAUAGUUCCAGGACGCUUGGGAGAAGGGGAGACAGUGCUACUAUUACAAACCAUAGUGUAGUGGAUAGAUAGCUAUAUAAGUCGCAUGAGAUUGUGAUUAUAUAUUCGUUGUAGCUAGAGGUGGAAUGCAUAAUAAAC